UGAAUAAUAAAUUUUACUUACACUAAUUUAGAAGAAGACUUGUAUUUAUUAAAGGAGAUGUAAGUUAGGUAACAUAACAUAAAGAAGACACAAAAAACUUGAUCAAAAAGUUAUUAGAAAAAAAAAAAAGGCAAAUGGUUUCUUCUUCUUCUUCUACUUCAACUCCAUCUUUGCAGGUGAAAAUUCCGGCGACCGGAGAAGGAAAACUGACGAUAAACGUGAAGUCGCCGACGUCGGAGAUGUAUGCAGAGGUGAAAGAAGCAGAUAAAGUAAAAGAUUUGGAAAAAGUGAUUAAAAAGGCAUGGGGAGAUGAUUAUUUGGCUCUUUAUUACAAAUCAAUUAAAAUGAAAAGUGAUCAGCCUUUAUCUUUUUAUAAUUUAAGAGAUGGUUCUAUUGUUAGAGUUUCUCUUCUUGCUGAACCUCCACAUGAAUCUAAAUCUUCACGUGAAACCAAGAAACAUGCCAAAUUGCAAUUGGAAAGGAGGAGUAGCACCAACAGCAGUUCUAAUGGUGGAAAUGGCUGUGGCAACGUUGUGUUUCAUAUGGCUAAGAUGUUAUCUCAAUUCUGCUCAUCCAUUUUUCCCAGCCAUUAAUUACUACAAUUGAUUGACGAAGAAAAUUUAUAGUACUAUUACUUAGUUCCUAAAGUACGAGAUAGGAGUUGGAAAAAAAAAAGUACGAGUUAGGAAAAUGGAGCGCCCUUUCCUUGAGAAAUAGACGACUUUAAUUUUAAGACUGUCAAGAAAAUCGAGCUAAUAUGUCAUCGUAAAAGUUGACAUAGCUGAAUAAAUACUAUCAACAAAAUUAAACACCCUGAAAUUUUAGGUGAGCUUUUUUGAAGUUCUUCAGGGUUUCUUUAAGUUUUUAUUUUAUUUUAUUUUAUUUUAUUUGUGACGAAACUUGUACUCCAAUAACAUCUGUUAGUCUAUCCAUCAAAAAAAAAAAACAUCUAUAGGACUACAUAAUGUAUGUGUGAGAUAUUUUUACUACUAUUGGCUAGGUGUGAAAUGGCCAAUGGUACAAGGCACUUAUAAUUUUGAAGUUGUUUUGGUAAAAUUUUGGUGAA